AUGAUAUUAUUUUUGUUAUGAUUAUUUUUAAAUUGUUAUAACUAUGUUAAAAAAUUAGUUUUAAAAAUGGUGAAAUUUACCGAAACAAAUAUUAUUAAUGAAACAUCUUCCAACUUAAAGUAUUAUGAUUAUAAUAAAACAAGAUCUAACCUACCGUUUCAAAUAGCUUUAUAUUUGAAUUUAUGGCUUUUUCCAAUUUGGCUGAUAAUUAGUAUAAUAAAUUUGGAUGCAAAAUACAAUAAUUUAUCAAAUAUUUAUAAAUUGAUAGCUGUAACAAUAUUUUUGAUACUUUCAAUUUUUGAAAGUUUAAAAUUAUAUUUGGGAUAUGCAGGAAAUCUUAUUGGAAAGAUUCCAGAAUUAACUAGUUGCUGGUUAAUUUCAAUAUUGAUACAACUUCCUCUAGAAAUGUAUCUUUUAUUUGAUUAUUGGAUUUUAUUUCAUUAUAGUGAAAUAUUGGUCAAUUCCUUUAUGGUUUGCCUUCUUUUUAUUGAAAUUAUUACAGGUAUGAUUGCUUUAAAAAAUUUGGCAAAUCAUCAUGCUAAGGUAUUUUACUUAAUGCAUUUAUACGGUAUACGUACAAAUGAUGGAUGAUAAUUUGUCUUCUAAAAUAAUUUUAUAAUUAUAUAUAGAACAAGUAUAUAAUUUUUAUAUUAAAAUGUCUGAUUUUUUGUUUGGUAAAAAUUUCUAAUCAAUCCAAUACCUAAUAUACAUAAGCCUAUUUAAUUAAUAAUGUCUUAUAUCGUGAUUAGGUAUCAAGAUUAUGAGUUUUAUAAAAUAAUUGUAUUACUGAUACAUUUUUUCGUAAACGUAUUAAAUAUGUUUCUAUAUUGUUGAUAACAAUAUCAUUUUCAAUAUUUUGUUUAUUAGUAAGUGCUUGUAAAAGUUGCAAACGUGUAGGAACCAUACGUGAAAGUAG